AAGCGUUCAUCUCGUUCGCCGGGACCUUGGGGGGUUCCCUGUCUUUCUCUCUCCUCUCUCUUUCUCUCUCUGUUCAUUCUACCUCUCAUCUCAUCACACCAGGGCCAAUGGAGAAGACGGUGCUAUAUGGCAUUAUUGUUGGUGGGUUUAUCCUCCUUAUGCUGCUCCUGAUUCUCUUCCUCGUUCUCCUUGCCUGCAAGCCAUGGCGUUUCUUCUCUCGUUCCUCCCGCACUCGCACCAUCAAGGCCUCUUCGCCCCCAAUCGGUGACGAUAUUGAAAGGCCACUUGUUUCGGAUGAUCUGAGGUUGCCACAAUAUCAUCAAAGGAAUGACUUUGAUGGGAAUUAUACACUUCUAGGCGGAAAUCAAGCAACUGAUAACCAUGUCAGUUCACUACAUUCGGAUAAAGUUUCCAAACAAGUUGCAUCAGCCACUUCACAGUUAUCGCAAAGCGGGAGUUUUAUUCUGGAUGUAAUUUCUGAAUCUUCUGAUGAUGGUAUUAAUGCGACACUCAGACGUCCAUUGGUGGCCAAUCGAUUGGCUGAAGAACAGAACCGUGUGAAAAAGGAAGGUCAAAUUCCUGAAUCAAAAUUAUCGGGAAAUGCUAGCAUUAAGGAAUCUGGAUCCAGAGGAUUUAUAGGAAGUAAUCUCACUCUUGAGGCAAUAUCUGGUCCUUCUCGUGGGCUUAAUUCUUCAAUAAAGUCGACAAAUUCUUCAAGGCUUCCUCUGACAUUAGGGAGGGUGGCUCCCAGUGAAAUCUUGCUGAAGGAUUCAGAAAUUUCAGGGAAGCAUGCAAUGAUAAACUGGAAUUCAAAUAAAUUUAAAUGGGAGCUAGUGGAUUUGGGAAGCUUAAACGGUACAUUCUUGAAUUCCUUGUCAAUACAUCAUCCUGAUUCAGAAAGCAGACAAUGGGGUGAUCCAGUUGAACUUGGUAAUGGAGACAUCAUUACUUUUGGUACAAGCACAAAAGUACUUGUUCAGAUUACAUCUGAGAUUGAAUGUCAAAAACCAUUCGGCCUUGGUGUCGCUUCAGACCCAAUGUCGGCACGUCGAGGAGGAAAAAAGUUGCCAAUGGAAGAUGUGUGCUAUUACAGGUGGCCCCUAGCUGGGGCUGAUCAGUUUGGAGUGUUUGGUAUAUGUGAUGGACAUGGUGGAGAAAGUGCUGCCGUUUCUGCUAGCAAGUUACUACCUGAGAAGGUGUCAAGUAUCUUGUCAGAUCCGUUCAGAAGGCAGAGGGUUCUAUCGCAAGGUGAUGCCUCAGAUGUUCUCCGUGAUGCGUUUUCGCAAACAGAAGCAUGCUUGGAUCACUAUUACGAGGGGUGCACGGCGACCUUGCUUUUGGUUUGGGCCGAUGAUCGUGAAAACUACUUUGCUCAAUGUGCAAAUGUUGGAGACUCUGCCUGUAUUAUUAAUAUUGGUGGGAAGCCAAUUAAGAUGUCAGAAGAUCACAGAAUAACAAGUUAUUCUGAAAGAGCCCGUAUCCAGGAAACAGGAGAACCUUUAAAAGAAGGGGAGACUCGGUUAUGUGGCUUAAAUCUUGCUCGGAUGCUUGGAGACAAAUACUUGAAGCAACAGGAUGGUAGAUUCAGUUCAGAGCCUUUUAUCAGUCAGGCAGUGAAGAUGCAUAAAGGAAGCCAUGGUUUUGCACUUAUAGCCAGUGAUGGCUUUUGGGAUGUUAUUACUGCGAAGAAGGCUAUUCAAUUGGUCCAACAGUCGAGGGAGAAGCAGACAAUGAUGGAUAAAGAGAAUCCUGCUGAAAAGAUUGCGAGUUUUCUGUUGGGCGAGGCGAGAGCUCAGCGCACAAAAGAUAAUACCUCCAUACUUUUCCUGGAUUUUGACACUUUCAAUAGAAGCUCUUCCUGUAAAACUGAUCCUUAGAUUUAAUGUACAUAAAUAUGAUUUAUUGAUUCUUUUCAAUAUAUACAAUUCCAAAUUUUGAGGUC